GCGCUGGUGAACGUAACGGAAAAGUCGUCGCCUGUUGAAUAUAUACAAAUAUUCUAUUUACUUGAUUCGUCGUCUCGUUUUCAUUUCGUUGCCUUUUUUUUUUGUUUGUUUUUGUUAUUGUUUUGUUUUUCAACUUUACUAGCGAUGUGAAGUAGCAUAACAACAAAAAGACAGAAGAAGGAAAAACCAUCUACAAAAAAUAAAACGUACGGCCCAAAUACAUGAAUAUAUAAAAUAGAUAGUUCCAACCACUUGUGAACAGCAUUUGUUCCAGUAAUGCACCAACCGGCCAAAAGUCCGCAGCGCUAAACUAACCCAAGCCCCAAUCCCCAAUCCCUCACAUCCAAAGAACCCAAUCGAAGACGCCAAAGCGCACCACAGUUCCAAGAUGACCGAUAAUGGGAACCAUCACAAUAACAACAAUAGCAACAACAACAAUAACAACGAUGAGGCAUCCAGACUGAGAUUACCCGAGGAGCAGGCGGUCCAACUACUCCCCAAGAAUGGAUCCACGGGACAAGCCAAGAUAGCACCUCCCCUUCAUGUGCAAACCCAUUCCAGUGCUCUUACUCCAUCCCAAACGAAAUCCCAGCCACAGAUCCCAGCGAAAGGAUCAUCGCAUCCUGCGAAAAAGAAGCGGGACAAGAGCGAUCUGGGUGAAGAUUUUGUGGCGCCCGAUGGUGGAUGGGGUUGGCUGGUUGCAGUCGCCAGUGGAGUUAAUAUUCUGGUAACGUUCGCCUUGGCCCAGCAGUUCGGUAUCCUGUUCAACGACAGGAUGGCUAGCCUUGGGAUCUCCAGCUCCGAACUGACCACCAUCAUCAACACACAGAUCGCUGUGUCCGCAUUUACGGGUCUGCUGAACGGUCCGCUGUUCCGACGCUACACGUACCGAGUGGUGGCUUUGGUAGGAUCGGUGUUGACCUUCCUGGGCCUCUUCUGGAUGAUCUUCGCAGACACCUUCGCCAUCUACAUACUGAGCUUCUCGAUCCUUUACGGAUUCGGACGAGGACUGACGGUAUCCGCUUCCUCGCUGGCGGUCAACACGUACUUCAAGGUGAAACGCCGCACGGCGACCGCCUUCCAGUUCGGAGUGGCUGGACUGGGACCGAUUGUGUGCCCCUACUUCGCCACCUACAUGCUGGCCGAGUUCGGAGUUCAGGGAACCACAGCGCUCUUCGCCGGCGCCUCACUGCACACGAUCGCCUGUUCGCUAAUUUACCAACCGGUCAAGUGGCACGUGGUUAAGCGGGAUCGCGAUGCGGAGGCACUGCAGCAGGUGCAACCGUUGGCGGAACGCGAGGAUCAGGAUGAGGAUAUCAUCAAGCACGUUGUGGAGCCGGAUACCCCGGUGCUUCCUCGGGCCAAUGAUGGUUGGUUCGGUUCGCGGGCAUCGCUGAAUAGCGCCGGCACUCGGAAUCGCCUGAAUACCUGGGAGAAGUCCGAUGGCAAUGGCCACGUGGAGUUGAAGAGGCUGAGCAGCAGGGACUCAAAUCCUGGGCGGCAGAUUCGCAGCAUUUCCGUGAGCCACAGCAUCAAGGAGGAGGAGGCCUUGGCCUAUAACUCAGAUAGUGAAGAGUACCACCACACCACCGAGUUGACCGAAAAGGAGAAGCAGGAACUGGAGGACGAAGCGGAACGUCAGCGCCGCAAGAAGCUGCCUUUCUACAUGAAGAUCGUGAUCUUUUUCGACAUGGAUCUCUUGAGGGACAUCACCUAUGUGAAUUUGGCCAUGGGCAUCACGCUGAUUAACUUUGUGGAAAUCAACUUUGCCAUCCUCACACCCUUUAUCCUAAAGGAUCUGGGCUUCAACAAGGAUCAGAUCGCCCUGGCCAUGUCCACGCUGGGAUUCUUUGAUCUGGUUGUGCGCUUCCUCAUCCCGUUGAUCACGGCGAAGAUCAGCCUGAGCAACCGGACCUUCUUUGUGUUGGGAAUCAUGGGCAUGUGCGUUGGCCGCAUGUUCCUCUCGAUGACAACCAACUUCUACGCUUUGAUGGGCAUCUUCCUCUGGCUGGGCCUGAACAAGGCCUUCCGCACGGUCUUCUGGUCCCUGAUCAUUCCCAGCUAUGUGCCGCUAAAGAGAUUGCCUGCAGCCGCCGGGUUGCAGCUGCUCAUGUCCGGCACCUUUUCGAUGAUCUUCGGACCUCUGAUCGGCCUCAUCAGGGAUCACACCAGCUACUCGGUGGUCCUCAACCUGCUGAAUGCCCUUUGCGUGAUGGCCUUUGCGGGCUGGUACCUAGAAGACUUCAUCCGUGCCCGCACCCGAAAAUCACCGCCCGUCAAGACCGCCGACUGAUUUCAGUUGCAUUCAGUUACCACCUCCUCCCAAUUCAGUCGUACUCAGUGCCAGCAAUUCCAAGACCAACUCCGUUCCCCAAUCCAUCCUAACUUUAGCAAAAUGUUAUUCUUGUUAUCGCAUUUGCCCAGUGCUUUUUUUUUUAAUCCGUAUGUUUAUGUAAACUAUAUUCUGCGUGUACAUUGUGUAUAUACUAUUCGAGUGUAGCUAAUUAAUUGUAUUAAAUAUCGAUAAUUGUUAAUUAAUAUGCAUAAGCUGCCAAAAACUUAAAA